AUGCUCGCCCCUCUCGGUGGAGGCGGCGUAUGGACUCCCGCCACGCUGCGGGUCAUCCGUACUGCCGCCCUCAACGCGAGCAAGAUGAUCCGGGCCAAGCUCGCAGCAGCAGCAGCUCGCCCAGCCAACAACGCCGUCCUUGAACCCGUCCUCGUACGCAGCGCACCCCGCUCGCGCCAGCCCAUCCACCCCUCCGCGUUUAUACGCCAGCAGAAAUCUCGACGAUGGCACUCGACCACCACGACUACGUACAAGAACAUCAACGCUGCGAUCCGUCGCUUUAUGAGCACUGGCCGACUUGACGCCGCGCCCCGGGUCGACCGGUCCAAGUUCCUCAACACUCAGACCGGCCGCGCGGUUGCUCAGAUCACGGGCCGUGCCCCGUUCGCUAGCACCCUGCGCCCGAACCUCACCGGAGGUGCCCUCCCUCGUACUGCUGGUGGAUACGGUCUUGGAUCCGGACGUGUGGGUGGAGCUCGAUACUUCUCCCACACACCCGCGGCUCAGGCCCAGGUUGUCCAGAACGUUUCGGCUGCGGUCAGAGCAUUCUGGAUCUCCGGCCAGAAGGCACAGUUUGACGGGCUUACCGCCCGCGGCGAGAGGAAGUACCGUACGGUCUCAACUCUUCAAGACGAGACCACCCGCAAAAUGGCGGCUGCGAAGCACAACAUUCCAGGCUCUUUCAUCGAUUUCCACCUGAGCCCUACCGUCACUGCUCUCAGCCCCCUCGCUGCUGCGUUCCCCUACCCCUCCGCCGGCUUCAAGUUUCCUGCCCUCGACUCCACGACCCUUAACACCGAUGGCUUCCUCGAUGUUCUGUCAGUUGACUUCGCCCGCGCUCUAAAGGACCUUACCUCGACCUUGGCGGAUAUUAAGAAACUCUCAUCGCUAGGCGACCUUCCAAUACAGCUCGAGAAAGGCCAUACACUGCGGGUCCGCUUCCCAGGCGUCGACGCUGAGACCGUAGAGUCCUUGUGUGAUGACCUCGGGCUGACAAGGGGCGUUGUAAGGGAAGACCCAGACUUCGCGGCUGAAACAGGUGUCUCGAUGGCACUGAAGUUCCCUUUCGCCCCUGGUGCUAAUAGCAACGGCGCAAGAACACUUACUUCACCCGGCCGCUCGUUAAGGUCUCAAGGUAGCUUUUUCCCCACAGAAGAGGAACUCUAUGAAGAGGGCUUCAGCGAGAUUGAAGACAACCCAUGGAUGUCCCUACCCGACGACCUGGAAGGGUACGAGAGUAUGUCGCCACCGAUCAGUUCGGGUGAGCACUGUUCGGAAGACUUCGAUAACCUCGAAGGUAUCUACCGAUUCUUAGAGGAGUGCGAUCACGCUCAUGGAAGAUUCUGA